AACUGUUCCGCGAUUCGGAGGGGCUCUCCCAUCAUCGCUACACGUUACAACAGGCGCCAGUGUUCUCCUUCAUCCUCUCACAAACGCGACGUAGUUUUACUUUUAGUGCGUGAUAAUAUCGAUCAAAAGUCACGCUGGUAUAUAUACAAAUCAAUGAUCAAUGAAAAAACGUCAUUCGCGUCGAGAAAUUUUCAUCUGUUCUUGAAAAAUAAAAAAUAAAAACAAGCCUUUUUUUGUAGUAUGAAUAUAAAUAACGAGAAGAUAAAACGGAAAGUGAAGAGUCAACGUUGGAGUUUGAAAUAAAUAUUAUUUCCCAAGGGAGCUGCUUAUUAUUAAAUAAUAUUUACAUAUUUUAAGAAAGUGAUUUUGUAACAUAGAUUUUUAUAACAUUAAUAAUCUAAUUAUAAGCAUAUACGAUAAUAGAUAGAUUGGCCAUUUGAAAAAUGGGUAAGCGAACGAUUGAAUAAAAAAUUUUUUGUAAUAACGUGCUAUCGAUAAAACAGACAUUCGUAUUCGCAUACAAUUCUAGAACAUAAUUAAACUUAUUUGAUAAAAGUUAUAAAAUGAAAUGUACAAUAAAUAUUGUUAUAUUUGGAACACAACAAAAAGCCUCUUAUCUAUAUAUAUAAUAUAUAUCGCGCGGCGGUGAAAAGGAUCUGGAGCGAUAGGAGGAGCGUUAAUAUCAAACGUAUUGCAAACGAAACGCAAAGAGCAUUUGCGUGUAUAUGGCGGGUCUUUAUAUAUAUAUAGGCGCGUUCAUAAAAUAUAUAUGAUUUCAGUAGCCAACGCGCGUGCACCCCUCGUCGGAACAAUGCGCUCAAUGAAAUCAUUGACAUUUGACGUCACGAGCAGUCUACUUGAACAAAUCCUAUAAAUAUCUAAUAACUUGCUGUUGUAAUUUCGAAUUAAAUUUAUCACACCUCAAACUAAUUUAUUUUCGCGGCUAUUUACGCAGUAUUAAUUUAUCGCGGCUUACAACUAUAUGCAAUUAAAUUAUUUGAGCUUCUCAAAAGUUCAUUUUUAUAUAAACCGAAAACAUACACGAAACGCGUUAUAUAUAAUGAAUUAUUUAUCUGUUAAUCUCUACUAUAUGUUAUUGGGAUGAAUCUCGGGACAGAAAAAAAUCGUCUUUGACUCGCUUUUCCGUUAUAAUCUCAUACUUUCAAUCGCUAUAUACAAAACCCGAUGCGCGUAGUAGUCCACGUGACAUUGUACAUCUGUGCACACAAAACGUAUUAAUGAGACGCCUGUUUUAAUCGAAAAGUUAAUCAACGCCGCGCGGUGAUAAAUAUCGAUGAAAGUGGAAAAUUUUUUCUGUUCAUGGCUGUAACACUAGUUAAAAUUGACUCGUCAUGUCGGAACAUUCUAUGGGUUUUGGUAUUCUGCGGUUUCGCAGUAAACUACAUGCUUCGGGCGAAUUUAAAUCUGGCAAUAGUUGCAAUGGUCCUACCUCGUGAGAAUCGCAUGUCUACAUCGCGAUGCAUCAAUGCCGAUCAAUUAUCACCUCGAAACGUCCCGCUUUUGAAGCGGUCCUCGAUCUUAUCAAACAGUUUGGAAAACUUCCAUUCCAAUUCCUCGCUCAAUAAAUACGACUGGAGCGAGUACGAUCAAAACAUUGCACUCGGCGCGUACUAUUGGAUCCAUUGGCUCACACAACUGCCGGGUGGACUUCUCGCAAGGCGUUAUGGGACGAAAUUAGUUUUCGGCUGGGGUAAUUUAGCAACUGCAAUGCUGGGUCUACUAAUUCCUGCAUUGACACAUGUUCAUCUUUACGGACUCGUUGCUCUCAGAGUUUUGCAAGGUUUCGUAUCUGGUAUUAUAUGGCCGUCGAUGCAUAAUAUGACAGCAAAAUGGAUUCCGCCGAACGAGCGAGGAAAAUUCGUCAGCGCAUAUCUGGGUAGUUCGAUAGGGGCUGCUCUUACGUAUCCACUGUGCGCUCUUUGUAUAGACUGGUUUGGUUGGGAAGCUGCCUUUUACUCGUCUUCUUCCGUUGGCAUUAUAUGGUAUAUUUUCUGGCAUUUUCUCGUAUUCGAUGAUCCGGAGCUUCAUCCGCGUAUCUCGAACGCCGAACGCGAGUACAUAAUAGAAAAUAUUGGCAGGUUGGAAAAUGAAAAAAAUCAAGAUACGAGAAGUGACGUUCCUUGGAAAGAAAUUUUAACCUCGAGACCACUGUGGAUUACGACUAUCGCUCAUUGGGGUGGAGUAUGGGGUUUUCUCACCUUUAUGACCGAAGCUCCAACUUACUUCACCAACGUUCACCACUGGAACAUUAAUGCGACGGGGAUUCUUUCGGGGUUGCCGCAUCUUCUGAGAAUGGCGUUCUCAUAUUUCUUCGGAAUCAUGACGGAUUGGCUUUUGAAGAAGAAAAAACUAUCGUUGACAAACGUCCGAAAAUUGGCUACUUUUUUGACAACCGGCGUCCAAGGCUUAUUGACCCUCGGUCUCGGUCUGAGCGGCUGUAAACCGACAUUCGCUAUUUUUUUCAUGAUGACGGGAACGGCCGUAAAUGGGGCGGUCUCCGCAGGAACACUGGCUAAUCUCGUUGAUCUUAGCCCAAAUUAUGCGAGUGUACUUCUCGGUUUUGCUGGAUUGGUUACAGCCAGCGCUGGUUUUCUCUCACCGGUCAUUGUUGGUAUUCUCACCAAUCACAAUCAAUCAACGGAACAGUGGCGUUUAGUAUUCAUGAUCGCUGCAAUAAAUUUGGGGCUUAGCGGCGUAGUGUACACUUUUUGGGGAACGUCGAAGGAACAGCGAUGGAACGACUCGUUUGAAAAAUCUCCUGACGCGACUAGCUCCGUUGAGUUACGAAAGUUGGAUGAGACUUCAACGAUAACGAUAAAUGAGGUUGUAAUAACGAACAGCGAUACCACCGAUCGAUCAGUGCGUCAUUUCGAGUGUUUUCUUAUUUUUAUUUUUUUAUUUUUGUUUGGCCCCUCGACUGUCGCAGGAAUAUUGACGGAUCGAAUUAUUGAAACGUAUCGAUAUAAUCGGAGUACAAUGGCUAAAGGGAGCGACUGGAUCAGCUGCCGGGAUGUACUUUGGUACAUGGUAUUUUCCGGAUGUGCGAUUAAUUACAUGUUCAAAAUAAAUCUUAACCUCGUUCUCGUGGCAACGGUAUUAACAAAAAAAACGAGAACCACCGUGGGUCAAUGUGCAUUACUGAAUAAUUUGACGCUCGUAUCGAACGUCACGAGUGCACCGGAGACCGUUUCAACGACCAUCAUACCCGAUGAGCUCGAGCAGCACGGCCAUCGAUUUCAUUGGAACGAAUAUGAACAGGGUUUGAUUAUUGGAGCCUUUUACUGGUUGUAUUGGGCCUCGCAAGUGCCGGGUGGUGUUUUAGGACGUCGUUAUGGAGCGAAAAAAAUCUUUGGCGGUGGCAACUUGGUAGCUGCCAUUAUAUGUCUGUUGCUGCCGUUCGUCAUGAAAUUUCACAUAAUCGCUUUGAUUAUUCUUCGAUGUAUCCAGGGUUUUACAAUGGGCGUAAUGUACCCAUCGAUACACGGAUUGCCAGGCAAAUGGGUGCCAUCGAGCGAAAGGAGCAAAUUUGUCACUGCUUACUUGGGUGGAUCUAUGGGUACCGCUAUAACAUAUCCGCUGUGCGCUAUGAUUAUUUACUACAUUAAUUGGGAGGCAGCGUUCUACGUUUCCUCAUUGCUGGGAAUUAUUUGGUUCGUCCUCUGGUGCUACCUUGUUUACGAUACACCGCACAAACACCCAAGAAUAUCGGUCGAGGAACUCGAAUAUAUAGCCAAAAAUACGGCACCGCCGAUUGCUCAAGAAAAAAAACGUCCUGUGCCCUGGUGCUCGAUUCUUACGUCUGGCCCACUUUGGAUAACAAUCACCGCACAUUGGGGUGCUACCUGGGGUUUUCAUACACUCUUGGCUCAGACACCUUCGUACUUCAAUUACAUACACGGAUGGAGUCUCAAUAUGACCGGCAUACUUUCCGGAGCACCACAUUUGGCACUUAUGGGAUUUGCCUAUUUAGUGGCGACGGUCGGUGAUUACCUCUUGCGGACUAAAAAAAUGUCGCUGAGAGCGGUGAGAAAGAUAGCGACGAUCCUUUCGACUGGGUGCCAAGCUGUCAUGUUAAUUGGUCUUAGCUUCAGCGGGUGUACGCCUAGCCUCGCGGUUGCCUUCAUGAUAUUGGGAACUGCCAUGAGCGGAGCAAUGUCAACGGGUACCAUUGCCAAUUUGGUUGAUCUGAGCCCAAAUUAUGCGGGAGUUCUUCUUGGUAUAACAGGUCUUGUCACAAACGCUGCUGCUUUUUUGUCUCCGAUGAUUGUUGGCCUUCUUACAAAUAAUAACCAAACCACGGAACAAUGGCAACUGGUCUUUCUCAUCGCCGCUGGUAAUCUCAUGGCCGGCUGUAUCGUAUACGUUUUAUGUGGAACAUCGGAAGAGCAGCCGUGGAAUCAUCAGCCGUUCGGGGACACAGAAAUUAGCCAAGAAUUAGAAAAAUUGAAACCAAUUCCGAAGAGUACGGAGAACGUUAAGAAAGAGAAAGGGAACGAAAAAUUACCGGAAGCGGGCAACGUAAAGAAAAAAUGAAGAAAAAAAAAUGAUGAACAUAGACACUCGAUUCAUCAUACGAGAAAUCGUUGUAUCGUGAAAUGCAAAUUCGUUAAAAUAAUCGAAUAACCGAAAGAGUGGGCGCGAGUAGACCGGCGAUUUUAGCGGUAGAUCGAGCAGACUCAUAACCACGCUCGAUCGUCGCACGCGCGGUUCAUAUUAAUUAAUAUAAAAAUUCAAUAACUUUGUCAACUUCGAAGCAAUAUUCACGCCGCGCAGCAUUACACGCAUUAUAUACUCGCUCGGACCUUAAAGCCAGCAGUCUUACGUUCAAGUGGUGCUGCGAAAGCAAUCGCGGUUAUUCCGAUAAACUUUAAAACGAAAUAUAAACAUGUAGGGGAGACCGGGGCAAAACGGGAUACCUAUAAGGAAAUAUUGAACUUUUCAGAAGUUUGGGAAGCUCUGUCUAUUUUUUACUUCCAAAAACUAACAAAUGUACUGGAAUUAAAAAAAAAAAAAUCCGAGGCAAAACGGGGUACCCCUCAAAAACUCAUGAAUUUUUUUUUUUUUUUACUAUGAUUUUAAUUCAACGCACAUUGGGUGCAUUUUACACCCGUAACCGAGUACUUCCGACUUACCGCUGUAAGCGUUGAAAGCGAUAUCAGCCCUUACAGCGCUCAAACGUAAGUCGAGCGUACGCUGUGAGCCCUUUUCAGCGCUUACAACGCUCUAACGUACAUCGAACGCACUCUCUGUAAUUCAAUUAAAAAUUAAUUAUAUGAAUAAUAACGAAUAAUGCCAAUGUUUAUUUUGUAAAAAUUUAUAUUCUUUAUCCACUGAAUCAUGGAUUCAGUGCCAAAAUUGUGCAGAGUGGGCACAUGAUUCACGUGCAGGUGUAACCCACACGUGAUGGUCCGCAAACAUAUAUUUGCGAUUACUGUCGUGAAAAAAAAAAAAAAAAAAAAAAAAAAAAAAAAAAAAAAAAACAAUCAAAAUCUAAAAAAACAAGAUAUUUGGAAAAAAUAUGUUUCAUGUUCUUUUCGGACUAGGAUAAAAAUUAAAAAAAAAAAAAAGAAAUUUCUCUGAUUUUUCGGGUAUCCUGUUUUGCCCUGGUAUCCCCUAUACUUCGAUAAACGAACUGCUCGUACUAGUUUCGUUUUGCAACCGAAUAAUAGGGGAGUAUGGGACAAAGUGGCCCACUUAAGGAAUUUAACGAGUUUUGUCGGUUAGCACAUGGUCAUUUACUUAUUUUUAUGACCCAAAAAUGAUUCCACCUCCUUAUUUCUCGAAUAUUGAAAAAAAAAAAAAAAAAAAAAAUUUGCGGCAAAGUGGCCACCGCCUCAAAUGCGAUUAAAAUCGAUAAUUGUCACUUCUUGUUAAAUAGACGUUCCCGCAUGGAACAUUAUUGAAGGCUGCGAUAAACCGAAAAGAAACGAUGCAUAGUAGUCAUCCCUCCUUCGAUGGGAGGAAAAAAAAAUUAGUUGGAAUACUUGGAUAAAUGCGAUUUUUGUCAAUCAAAAUAAAAUAGACAUUUAUCAGUAAAUCGAGAAAUGAUUCUCACCCUCUGCCUCAAAUAGCUAUAAAUUUCUCAGAAAUCAUAGAACUCUCAUCACUGAUCCUGUGCCCCAGAAAUCGUUAUUCCGUGAGUGGCCACUGGCCACUUUGUCCCAGAAUUAAAAAAUGCCCCAAAAAAGUGGGUGGCCACUUUGCCCCAUGUAGGCUCUUAUAUUGGAACAAGUACAUCACAGAUCUGACUGCCUGCUUGCCGCCUCGCCUCGUACGUACAACGGUGACAACGCGCGCGCGUGUGG